UUGGCUCGUUAGGGUAAUGAAGGUUAGGGUGACUUUAUGUUCGCUGAGGAUAAAUAUAGCAGCGGUUUCAUAUGGCUGAGCUCUAGCUGUGCACAUGUGAAGCACAUUGCAGAAUCAGUGUGUUUCCUGACGCUCUUUCAUCUGUUUCAGGCUCAAUGCCACAACAAAGACCAACAUUUCCAUUAUCCGUCCUGCUGCCAUCAUGCUGCAGAGCUCUUUCCUCAGUGUCGAGGAGCCUGUGAACAGCUCGCGACCAUCAGGAGUGAAUCGCGUCUGAAGCACCUUCUCCUGCGUUUGCCCAGUUACUGCCCCGAGUCUCUGAGUGAACUUUGGAUCUGCAUCAACAACACAUUGCCGGGAGCAUCAAAGAAGUCAGACGGAUGGGUGGGUUUGGGCUGCUGUGAGCUGGCCAUCUCCGCUGAAUGCCGCAGGGACUGCAAACAGGCGUCGUCUAAAAAUGACAUCGCUAAAGUAUGCAAGAAAGACACAGAGAAACCACUCUACAGCUGUAUCACCAAAAAUGAAAUGGGCUCAGUAUGCUGCAGUUAUGCAGGGAGACACACAAACUGCCGUGAAUACUGUCAGGCCAUCUUCCGCACAGACUCGUCGCCGACCGUCUCCCAAAUCAACGCGGUCAAAGAGUACUGCCAGAGCAUCAGUCCGCAGCUCAUCGGCUGUGUGGCCAACUACACCAAAUCCUACCCCAUCCGGAGCCCCAUCGACAGUUUGUACUGCUGUGACCGGGCGGAGGAGGCUCACUGUCAGACGGCCUGUAAGCGUAUUCUUCGCACCAUGAGCACCGAGCAGGAGAUCAUGGAGGGUCUGAUCAGUGAGUGUGGCAGUCAGCCGCUCCCGCAGGACCCGCUGUGGCAGUGCUUCUUGGGUAGCGCACACCCGCCCACCAUAAGUGACCCCGAAUCGCCCCCGAUCGCCAAGAUGGAUUACGCCAAACUGCACUGCUGCUUUAAGGCCAACACAUCCAGCUGCAGGAACAUGUGCUUGGAGAUCAGCACCAACUGGGGCACUCAGACGUGGCAGGAGUUCGACCAGCAUUGUGAAUACAACCCGGCUGAGAUGGACCUCAUCACCUGCUUGGCCGACGUCAGGGAGCCGUGCCAGUUAGGCUGCAAAGACCUCAGCUACUGCACCAACUUCAACAACAGGCCGACGGAGCUGUUUCGCAGCUGUAACGUUCAGUCAGACCAGGGCGCCAUGAACGACUUCAGACUCUGGUCCAACGGAACCAUCAAGAUGCCCUUCAUGAACAUCCCUGUGCUGGACAUCAGCAGGUGCCAGCCGGAGAUGUGGAAGACCGUGGCCUGUGCGCUGCAGAUCAAACCCUGCUACAGCAAGUCCAGAGGAAGCGUCAUCUGCAGGUCGGACUGUGUGGAUAUCCUGACGCAGUGUGGCGAUGGCAAGCGCUUUCUCGAGGGACAGACGCCCGAGCGCAUCUGUGACCUGCUGUCGGCCACGGACGACCCGGAGCGCUGCAUCCCUCUCCACAGAUACCUCACUCCCAGUCCCUUUGAAAACAGCAUUGAAGAAGUCAUCCACCCCUGCAACCCCAGCCCCUGUCCCAGCAGUCACCUGUGUGAAGUCAACAGAAAGGGCUGCCACCCCGGACACGACUGCCUGCCCUACUUCUGCGUUCCUGGCUGUAAGCUGGGGGAAGCAUCGGAGUUCCUGGUGCUGCUGGACAGCCGGAUCCAGGUGCCCACCAGGAGCGGUCAGGUGGGCUGUUACGAGGUGUGCACCUGCGGUCAGAGCGGCCGUCUGGAGAACUGCGCUGAAAUGCCCUGCUUCGACACCAGCAAGACCUGCCUCUCGGGAGGACAGCGCAAGAGUCACGGUGUGUCGUUCCGGCUCGACUGUCAGCCCUGCUCCUGCUUCGCCGGUGAAAGCAUCUGCUCGUCUCGUCAGUGUGUGCGCUCCGACGGCUCGGACGAGGACAGACGGCUCUUCACAGGGCUUCCCUGCAGCUGCGCCGAUCAUUUCGUGCCGGUUUGCACUUGCAACGGACGCACAUAUCCCAGUGCUUGUGUGGCGCGCUGCGUCGGCUUCAAGGACAACCAGUUUGUGUUCGGCUCCUGCAGGAGCAUCGACCCCUGCUCCCCGAACCCCUGCCAGAGGAGCCAUGCUAUUGUGUUUAAGUGUGAACCCGGGAGCUCAGUCUGUCUGGAAGAGUGUGGCCAGGGCUGCUCUGUCUCUGAUUGUGUGCGUGUGCGUGCUCAGGAUGCCUGCAGGAAGCCCAGAGAGGUGUGUGGUCAUAACGGGGAGACCUACAGUACGGUGUGUGAAGCGUUCUCGGACCGUGUGGCUGUGGACUAUCAGGGCCGCUGUCAUGCGGUCGGUGUCCUGUCAGAGUUCACGUCAGACUCGGGCUGCAACGCUGUUCCCUGCCCUCCGCUCUCCAGCCAAGCCUGCAACCCCGUCACACCGCUCGGUGCCUGCUGUCCGGUGUGUGCGGGAAUGCUGCAGAUCCUCUGGAAUAAAGCACAGAUGAACAGCUUCGCUAAGCUGAACCGGAAUCAGCCGGUGACGGUUCAUGACAUCCUGAAGAUCUUGCGGCUGCAUAUCUCUGUUCCUCAGUGUGACAUCUUCGGUUAUCUGAGCAUUGACUCUGAGCUCAUCUUCCUCAUCGUGCCUGUCGAUCAGCAGCCCACUCCGCUGCAGAUCGAAGCCUGCAGUAAAGAGGCAGAGAAGAUCGACUCGCUCAUAAACUCGGCCAGCCCGACGCUGGUGUCCCAGGUGCCUCUGUCUGCCUUCCUCCGCUCCGAGCUCCAGCUGUCCACCAUCAGCUCCGCCGCGCUGCCUCCGCUCUCCCUCUCCCUCUGUGUCUUCUCCUCCCUCCUCCUGUCUCUGACCUCUGACCUCUGACCUCCACCGACCAGCAAUCACACUCCAGACUCUUCUCUCAGUAUGAAGGACAGAUCUCACUGAGCUUUCCAACACUUUUGUACCUUUGUAAAAACAGCCUGUUGUUGUUGUUUUUUUAAGUAUGAUAUAGUGUUUGAAAUAUUUUAUUGUUCCUCUAAUGUCAAUCAGUUUUUAAAAAUUACAAAACGAGGAACCCAGCCAUGUAAACAAAUAUGACAAUCAUACUGCUCAUCCGUGAAGUGGUGAACACAAUAUGCCUUGCUUAUAAAUUUAUAAAUAUAUAUAUAUCUAUAUAAAUGUAUGUGUAUAGAUUUUUUUUUUUUUUUUUUUUUUUUACAUAUGAUGAAGUAUUGCAAAAACAAACCUUUAUGUUGAAAAGAGAAGCAAAGUGUUCUAUUCUUCGAUGAUGACGUCACAAUGUAGCUGCAUGAUUGACAGUCCCGCCGUGUUUUGAGCGAGUGUGUGGAAGUGUUGUGUUGAUGCUCCGAUCCUGACAGUAUUAUUUGGCUUUGGCAGCUGUGUAGCAUGAUGGGACUCCUGUCUGUCUGUCUGUCUCUGUGUGGAACACUUCCCAUGUAUAUUUUUAUAUGAUAAUAAUAAAUGUGAUCAUAUUGCGGAAGGAUUUCAUCAGAAUGCUCUAGUCGAUGUUAUUGUUGAGACUCUGUUGUACAGUUUCUAGAUAAUCAAAAAAUUCAACCAUGUACACAAUCAUACAAAAAAAUUGGAGCCAGUAAGACAUUUUUGAAAGAAAUUAAUUGUAUCCAUUAUGCAUUAAAUGGACCAAAAGUGAGUUCUAUUUCAAAUAAAUGCUGUUCU